UCUCAAAGAUGCAUUAAGGAUGUAACGGAAUUGAUUGGGUUUGUAGUUUCGUUCGUGAGUCUGAAGAAUAGAGACUGAAAGCUUAUUAUUCCGGUCUUUCCUGUGACUUAUUUGACAGUCAUAUCGACUAGCAGCGACAGGGUUUGACAAGCGCAGGUUGUUUCGAUGCCGUGUCAUCAGCUGGGAACAAGCAGUUACCAUUGGUUUUUGGCUUCAAGAAUUAGUGUAGUUUUUAAGAGAUUACGAAAAUUUAUAGUGCAUAAGCAGGUUGAUCUUUCCAACUCAGGAAAAGACAAGGAUCCAGAAGACGCCAAGUUGGAUUUUGAGACUAGGGUGACGUCGUUUACGGCAUGGCUGAUUACUUGGUAAUUAAUGUUUGCUCCCGAAUACUCCUAAUCUUCGAAACCGCCAGUGGAAUAAUCAACUCGCUAAUUUGUUUCAGCGUGUCAUAUCACAGUUCGAGAUAGCCACCGAAAGAACGUUUACCAAGAGAAAAACCGCCUGCGUUGAUAUCUAUAUAGCCUAACUGGACGUAUAGAGAGCGUUCUGUAUUUUCCCCAAACGAGUUUUGUAUUUAUUUGUUAUUUUGGGUGUUAGGAUAUUAUGAUUACCUGAAUGGAUCUUUCGGUAGUGGUGACUGUUAUUUCCAAUAAAAACCAUUCCGAAACCUCUUUUGGGAAAACAAGUGACAGCGGAGAAGGAUGGUUAAAGUGAUCCUGCUUUAAAGAAGACUUUCACAUCGAGUAUUCAGAAAGUUUAUUUGACGACAGAUGGAAGGCAAUCAUAGCAGUUUUUCUUAUAUGGAGAUGAAAACUUGAACUGGCUAUUAUUGGCGUUGGAGAUGUAUCUUCCGCUGAAGAAGACACAUGCUGUAACAACAUUCGUCAUUUCCUUCUAAAUUCAUGAUUUUUCAGCUAUUAUUAUUCGCGAGACUAUAAAGACUUUCUCACUUUGUUACAAAAGGAAAACUAUUGGAUAUUUUCAUAACCAUCUUACAGAAUCUAAAUUUUAACAGAAAAGAUAAACUUGAGAAGAUUUCC